UGGGCGGGCUCUGCACAGCCCGUGCCGCUGCCGCAGCGCCUGCCCGUGCCGCAGCUCCUGCCCCGGCCCCGGCCCCGCGGCCGCAGGGGGCCAUGGCGGACCUGCGCGAUCGCCUCGAGCUGCUGGAGCGGCGGCUGGAGCGGGCGGAGGCGGUUCUGAGGGACGGGCUCCUCUUGGCCCUGCGGCUCCCUGCGGUGCCCCUGACUUUCGAGGACGUGGCGGUGCGCUUCAGCAGGCAGGAGUGGGCGAGCCUGGACGAGGGGCAGAAGGAGCUGUACAGGGCCGUGAUGGAGGACAACUACGAGAUGCUGGUGUCCCUGUAUUGUGCCCUCUCCAAGCCUGAGCUCUUAAAUUGGAUGGUAAGAGAAGAAGAGCUCUGCGAGCCACUGGAGCCAGAGCUGUGGGCAGCAGGUGACUCCCCAGCACCGGCUGCAGAGCCAGGCUGCCCGAGCCAUGGAGAUGUGCUGGAGCUGAAGAGGAAGGAGCCUUGCAAGGGGGGCUGCAGGGAGCCGGAGGACAGCAGAAGCGUGCCGGUGCUGGCGAGCCGUGUGGCACGCAAGUGGGCGGCAAGCGCAGCCGCUGCCAGGGGGUCCAUGCCCCCGCAGGGCAGCAUCGCCCCUCCGGCCUGGGCAGCCCCCGUCCCUCCCAGAGCCGCCGCCAUCCCGCCAGACCUCUGCCAGCCCACCCCGUCCCCUUCCUGCCCUCUCUCCGUGUGCUGCCGUGAUGUGGGGAAGCCCAAGGGCUCUCUGUCACCUCCCCUCGCAGCAGCAGAUGCCGAGGUGGGGAUCCCAACAGAGGAGCCACAUGAGGAGCUGGCUGCCGAGACACCGGCUGCAGACACACCAGCUGCCGAGAUGCUGGCUGCGGACACACCGGCGGCCGAGACGCUGGUUGUAGACACACCGACUGCUGAGACACUGGCUGCAGACACAGCAGCUGCCGAGAUGCUGGCUGUGGCCACACCGGCUGCUGAGAUGCUGUCUAUGGACACACUGGCUGCCGAGACACCGGCUGCAGACACACCAACUGCUGAGAUGAUGGCUGUGGACACACCAACUGCUGAGAUGCUGGUUGUAGACACACCGACUGCUGAGACACUGGCUGCAGACACAGCAGCUGCCGAGAUGCUGGCUGUGGACACACUGGCUGCCGAGACGCUGGCUGUGGACACACCAACUGCUGAGAUGCUGGCUGCGGACACACUGGCUGCCGAGAUACUGGUUGUGGACACACUAACUGCUGAGACACUGGCUGCAGACACAGCGGCUGCCGAGACGCUGGCUGUGGACACACUGGCUGCUGAGACACUGGCUGCAGACACAGCGGCUGCCGAGACACUGGCUGUGGACACACUGGCUGCUGAGAUGCUGGCUGUGGACACAACGGCUGCUGAGACACUGGCUGCAGACACAGCGGCUGCCGAGACACUGGCUGUGGACACACCAACUGCUGAGAUGCUGGCUGUGGACACAGCGGCUGCUGAGACACUGGCUGUGGACACAGCGGCUGCUGAGAUGCUAUCUAUGGACACACCAACUGCUGAGAUGCUGGCUGUGGACACACCAACUGCUGAGAUGCUGGCUGUGGACACACUGGCUGCUGAGACACUGGCUGCAGACACACCAGCUGCCGAGAUGCUGGCUGUGGACACACUGGCUGCCGAGAUACUGGUUGUGGACACACCAACUGCUGAGAUGAUGGCUGUGGACACACCGGCUGCCGAGAUGCUGUCUAUGGACACACCAACUGCUGAGAUGCUGGCUGUGGACACACUGGCUGCCGAGACACCGGCUGCAGACACAUCAGCUGCCGAGAUGCUGGCUGUGGACACACUGGCUGCUGAGACACCGGCUGCAGACACAUCAGCUGCCGAGAUGCUGGCUGUGGACACACCAACUGCUGAGAUGAUGGCUGUGGACACACCGGCUGCCGACACACCAGCACAGCCUCAGAUGCUCUCCAAGGCCCUGAAAGAGGAAGAGGACAGAGACCUGCGGAGCGGCAGCCCAGGCCUGGCAGCAGACGUCCCCAAAGAGCCGGCCAAAGAGGCGCAGGAUGGCGAGGCCAAAGGCUCCUGCGUGGGCCCCCGCAGCACCACCCGUGACACGUACUUAUGCCCCAUCUGCAGGAAGAGCUUCCUGCUCAAGAUCAACCUCGUCAUCCACCAGCUGGGCCACAGGAACUGGCAGCCCUAUAUCUGCCCUCACUGCAGCUGCAGCUUCAUGUCCAAGAAGAAGAUGAGGCGUCACCUCCAGGACUGGGCGGCCAAGGGCUCCUGCCAGCCCUCCAAAGUGGAGAAGCAUGACAGCCAGGCACCGUGCCCCAGCCAGGCACCGUGCCCUGCCACGCAGUCCCCAGCCCUGAGCCUGGACUGCCCCACGGCAUGGCAGACGCCCAGCUCCACCACUUGCCUGCUGUCAUCAGAGAAAGUCAUGUACAAGUGCAACGAGUGCCUGGAGAACUUCUCCAGCCAGAGCUUCCUCAUUGUGCACCAGCGCCGCCACACCGGCCACCACCUCAUCUACUGCCCCUGCUGCGACCGCCGCUUCACCUGGACCUCAGACUUCAUGCGGCACCACCAGCAUCACACGGGCGAGCGGCCCUACCAGUGCGGCGUCUGCCAGAAGACCUUCAAGCGGCACUACCACCUGAACGUGCACCAGAGGACCCACGUGCUUCAGCAUAGGCCUCGCCGCGUCCGGCCGCUCUUGCCGGCACCGAGCCGGGGGGGAUACUGGGACGGGUGCUUUGGGGGUGGUGACGGUGAGGGACUCGGUUGUUUGGCAGCGAGCGCCAAUAGAUGCUGUAGAGAGGAUGUUGCUGAGUGCGGCUUCAUUCGGGAGCCCGAGUGGGCGCCCGAGGCCUGGCAGCCGCUCCCGCCGCAGCCCCGCGGCCCCGAGGCGGAGAAGCCGGCGGCGGCCGCGCCCGAGAUCUCGCUGUGGACGGUGGUGGCGGCGGUGCAGGCGGUGGAGAGGAAGGUGGAGUCGCAGGCCCUGAGGCUGCUGAGCCUGGAGGGGAGAGCGGAGACGGCCGAGAGGAAGGUGUCGGGGCUGGAGAAGGCGGUGCUGGAGUUCGGGAGCCGGCUGGAGCGCAAGUGGGCCGGGCUGGCCGCGCUGGUGCGGGAGAACAGCCGGCGCCUGGAGCACCUCGAGCGGCAGCUGCAGCGCCGCAGCCGCUGCGGCCCCGCGCCCGGCCCGGGCCCCGGCGGGGACGAGCCCAAGGUGCCAGUGGCGGGUGAGGAUGAGGCGGCCAGUCUGCCAGAGCAGGAGUGGGAGAGCCUGGAGAGCCAGCAGAAGGAGCUCUGCAGGAUGGGCACCAAGGGCAGCUACGAGGCCGUGGUCUCUCUCGGUGAGAAGAUCGUGAUCAAGACAGAAGAGCAGCAGCCCUGGAGGAAGGAGCCGAGAUCCUGGCUGUGCCACAGACACCCUCGGGGAGGCUGGAAGAGGAGGUUCCCCUGGGGGCAGGAGCAGCCCUGGGAGAGCCACGCCGGCCUGGACGAGCAGAAGGCGGUGGGAGAGGCCUUGGGCGAGUUCUGCAGCCACGGCACCGCGCAGCCCGAGUUCAAGCCGGUGUUGCUGGUGCCGGCGGAAGCCCACCCUGCGCCGGGCUUGCCCUUCCCACCGGAGCACGUGCUGGGCGCGGCACGCACCGAGCAGGCCGCCGUGCCUGUCGCGGGCUCCUGGCGCGGCAGCAGAGCCAGGCCAGGAAGGGCGGCGGCUCCUUCAUCUGCGCGGCCUGCGGCAAGAGACCUGGCGCACCACGCGGCGCUGCUGCACGGCACCAGCGGCUGCACCACGGGCGAGAGGCCCUUCCAGUGCCCGGCCUGCGGCAAGAGCUUCAACGAGAAGUCCAACCUGAACAAGCACUACCGCAUCCACACGGGCGAGCGGCCCUACCGCUGCGCCGCCUGCGGCAAGGGCUUCAUCCAGAAGCACCACCUGCAGAAGCACCAGCGCAUCCACGGCGGGCAGCUGCGGGCCGGCUGGGCCGGCCGGGCCCCGCGCGCCAGCGCCGCCGGCGAGCGGCUGUACCGCUGCAUCGAGUGCGCCGAGAGCUUCCCCCAGAAAGCGUCGCUGGAGGAGCACCAGCGCCGGCACACCAGCAGGCGGCCCUUCCAGUGCAGCGGCUGCAGCAAGAGCUUCCGCCACCGCCAGUCGCUCAACCACCACCAGAAGGUGCACGCCGCGGCCGGCAGCGUGCCGUCCCGCGGCGGGAGCUGGAGAGCAGCCCCUGCGAGGCUCUGCCCCUGGACAACCGGUAGUGUGGGGUUGGCGGAGGGAAGGAGCCGCAUCUCUGCGCGGCUGCGGCUGCAGCAGCCUGUGACGGCGGGACACGGUUGUCGUGGCGUGGUGUCACACCCUGGCGGGGCCUGGCGCGGCGCCGUGGGCUGGCUGCAGCGCCCCUGGGGCUCGUGGCGCUGCUGUGGGGCUGACCACGGUGCCGUGAGGCUUGUGGCGUCACCAUGGGGCUGCCCACAAUGCCAUCGGGCUGUGUGUGCAUUGCCGUGGGGCUCGCUGCACCGCCGUGGUGCUGGCCACGGCGCCGUGGGGCUCACGGCACUGCCGUGGGGCUCUGCACCGCCUGGGCCUCAGGAGGAGGAGGAGGGUGGCAGGAGGAAGGUGCUGUGGUGGGGAGGCUGCCCCAGGCUGCGGUGCCGGUGCUGGUGGAGGGGGCUGUGGGCAGGAGCGGAGCCGGGGGGCUCAGGGGGAUUCAGGUGGAGGGGGCGCGGGGGCAGGUCCCGGCGGGCGGCAGCGAAUGAACACGCCGGGAAGAGACUUGGAUAA